AUGCCGCAAAGCAGUUUUGCUCAAGCCUUUUACGACAGCCAGAAGGAAAGGAGAAAGGGGAGGAGGGCGGUUUGCGACAGGGCGGGACAGGGCACGCUUUCCGGCAGUAGGGCGGCCGGCGGAGGCGUGUGCGGACUCGACCCUCCCAAGAUGGCGCGCGGCGGGAGGAAGCAGAAACUGCGGCGUUUGGCCAAGGCCCAGAAGAAGGGCAGCAGCCAGGGCCGCGGCCAGAAACAGCUCAAGAAAGAUCCAGGGGUUCCAAACGUUGCAGCUUUUAAGGAACGAGCCCAGCGAGAGAUCGAAAAGCGGAAGCAAAGGAUGUUGGAGCAGAAGGAAAGACAGAAGGCAGCCCGGGAGGAGGGCCUGUUGAAACGCCGCAGCCUGGAGGGUUUACAACAAGACGCUCAGAAGAGGCAGCGAGAGUUUGAGCAGAUGGAGACCGAACUAGAGGACCUGCAGACCAACCUGAACCUAGAGAAUGAAAACUCGCGGAAAUCCUACUAUAGGGAAUUUAAAAAGGGGACAGCUAAUGUUGAACGCGGCUCCUCCUCCGCACCAGACUCGUACACUGUGCACGGAUACGUCCAGUGCCCCUGCCCUCGCAAUAAAACAGCAUCCCUGAGGGAAUUGAUAGCAUUGCCACAGGAGAUCCACGAACACAUUAAAUGUACCAGGCGGUCCCACUCUCGCCUCGGAGUCAGAAAGCCGUGGGAUUGA